GAGAGAGAGAGAGAGAGAGGUCGUUAUUCAAGACUCGAAACGCCCUUCUGCUUUCGGACGACUCUGCGUGAGGGUGCUUUUGAAGCAGGAAAAGACGCUUGCCGGUUCCGCUUUCCACGCGAGAUCGAAGAUUCGAAAAGCUCGUGUCGACGUGUGAGUCGGCAAAAAAGAGAAGAGAAACAAAAUUGUGGACGUGUAACGCGCGCGCCAGCAGGUGAACACACUCUGCGGUACCUUGGCACCUUGGAUUCUCGUUUGAGAGUGUUUGAGAAAAGGGUCCACGCAGCGAUACGAUCGAUACAAUUGACAAUAUAAUUUCCGCUGAUCGAUAAUCGCUGGAGAGAGAGAGGGAGCAAGGGAGGAAGCAAACUGGUUCCCCGUUUCUUUUCUUUCUUUGCGGACCUGCCGGCCGGCGAAGAAGGAGAAGCACGCAUUUUCGGAACGACACGCGCUUCGAGGUGCUCCUUAUUACACGAUUACGAUUAUGAAGGAUACCACGACGAGUUACGAUUAUUCCGAGCCGUGGACCUUGCCUCCGAAGCAAGGCCUGUACGAUCCUACUCUCGAGCGGGAGUCAUGCGGCGUCGGCUUUAUCGUUGCCAUUGACGGAAAGAGGUCGCACAAGAUCGUCCGAGAUGCCCAGAUACUGUCGGCGCGAAUGAAUCACAGAGGGGCAUGCGCCUGCGAUAACGAUACCGGCGACGGUGCUGGUGUGCUUUGCGCAAUACCGCACGAUUAUUACGCCGAUGAAAUUCGCGAGCAGCAAGAUGUCGAACUGCCCGAAUUCGGGCGAUAUGCGACCGGUAUCUUGUACCUCGACAAGAAAUCCCACAAAGAAGCGGAAGCCGCGUUCGAGAAGCUAGCUGAAGAGUGCAAUUUGAGCGUGCUUUGUUGGCGCGACGUUCCUACCGAUAAUUCGCAGAUCGGCCAAGUGGCGAAGAAAUGCGAACCCUACAUGCGUCAAGUAUUCGUUACCGGCGAUCAAGACGCGGAAACGCUUAAACGACAGAUAUUCGUGCUGAGGAAGAGAUCGUCGCACUCGAUACCACAACCGGGGUUGCGAUACUAUAUCUGCUCGUUGUCGCUGAAGACAGUAGUCUACAAGGGUCAGUUCACCGCCGAUCAAUUAUGGCAGUAUUUCACGGACUUGAAGUCUCCCAGAUUCGAGACCUAUCUGACGUUGGUGCACACGCGCUUCUCCACCAACACGUUCCCAAGUUGGGAGAGAGCGCAUCCUCUUCGAUUGCUCGCCCAUAACGGCGAAAUUAAUACCCUGCGCGGCAACGUGAACUUCAUGAAGGCGCGGGAGGGUGUGAUGAGCAGCCAGAUAUUCGGCGACCAGCUGAAGCAGCUCUAUCCGGUCGUGGAGCCGAAUCUGUCCGACUCCGGAUCGGCGGACUGUGUGCUCGAGUUCCUGGUGAUGGCGGGACAACGCUCCUUGCCCGAGGCUGUCAUGACGAUGGUGCCGGAGGCUUGGCAGAAUGACUUGACGAUGGUCACCGAGAAGCGCGACUUCUACCACUGGUCAGCGUGCGCCAUGGAACCCUGGGACGGCCCGGCUCUCCUCACCUUCACCGACGGCCGCUACGUCGGCGCUAUCUUGGACAGAAACGGCCUGCGCCCGUCGCGCUUCUACGUCACUAAGGAUAACAUGAUGGUGAUGGCGUCCGAAGUGGGCGUCUAUGAUACUCCGCCCAGCAAUGUAGUCCUGAAGAGUCGCUUGAAGCCCGGCCGAAUGCUUCUCGUUGACACCGAAGAGAAGAGGAUCAUAGAGGAUGUCGAGCUGAAGUUGCAGAUCGCUCGUAGCAGGCCGCACUCCAAGUGGCUCAAGGAACAGAGGAUCACUAUGGAUGAAUUGCGCGCCGCGCACGUUUGCAAUGUCAAUGCAGGGAAUGUGAUCGAGAACAGGCAGUCCGUCGAAAUCGCGAAGAAGAACGCUAUCAACGACAUAAACGGCGAGAUUUCGGCCGUGAAUAAAGUGUGGAGCGGCGACAAACGACUCUCUCUCUACGGCUACACUUUGGAAACCAUCAAUUUGCUACUUUUGCCCAUGGUGCAGACCAAGAAAGAAGCAUUGGGAUCUAUGGGCAACGACGCUCCCUUGGCAUGUUUGUCGGAGUUUCAGCCGUUGUUGUACGACUACUUCAAGCAACUAUUCGCACAGGUGACUAACCCACCGAUCGACCCGUUCCGCGAAAAAAUCGUGAUGUCGAUGCUCUGCCCGAUUGGACCUGAGAGCAAUAUUCUGGAGCCGAAUGAAUUGCAAGUGCAUCGCUUGUUCUUACCACAACCUAUAUUAUCGCUGACCGACUUGGAGGUCAUCAAACAUACGACUCACCGUGGAUGGAGAACGAAAGUGAUCGAUAUCACUUACCCCGUCGAAGAAGGACCUGCCGGAUUCCUGAAAACACUGAACCGUGUGAACGACGAGGCGAAUGCGGCCGCCAGGCAGGGUUAUCAGCUGCUCGUGCUGUCAGAUCGUCAGGGAGGCCCAAUGAGAGUGCCGGUCAGCAGUCUGUUGGCUUUGGGCGGCGUUCAUCACUAUCUAAUCGAGGAGCGACAGCGAAUGAAGGUCGGCCUAGUCCUGGAGACCGCAGAGGCGCGAGAGGUUCACCACAUUUGUGUGCUGCUCGGUUAUGGAGCGGACGCUAUAUGUCCUUACUUGGUAUUCGAGAUGGCGAAGAAUUUGAGGGCGGACAACGUUUUCGACGCGUCCUUCUCUGACAAAAUUAUCUACAAAAAUUACGCGGAAGCCAUGGAACGGGGAAUCGCGAAAGUGAUGGCGAAAAUGGGAAUCUCAACUCUGCAAUCUUACAAGGGAGCGCAGAUAUUCGAGGCAGUUGGACUGGCCGACGAGGUCAUCGACAAAUGCUUCAAGGGCACUCACUCUCGCAUCGGCGGCGUGACGUUCGAUAUUCUGGGCAAGGAAGCUUUCGAGAGACACCAGAUCACGUAUUGGGAGAAGCCCAUGGACCUGUUAGUGAUCCGCAAUCCGGGAGUUUAUCAUUGGCGAUCCGGCGGCGAGAAGCAUAUCAACGAUCCCAACAGUAUGGCCAAUUUGCAGGACUACGUCGUCUCCAAGAACCACUCGGCUUACGAAAAUUACCGCAGAGCCACGAUGGAAGUGGUGAAAGCCUGCACCCUGCGCGGCCAGCUUGAGCUGAAUAAAUCGCGCGAUCCGAUUCCUAUUACGGAGGUGGAAGCCGCGUCCGAAAUCGUGAAACGCUUCGCGACCGGCGCGAUGAGCUUCGGCAGCAUCUCCUUGGAGGCUCACUCUACACUGGCGAUCGCCAUGAACCGCAUCGGCGGCAAAUCAAACACCGGCGAAGGCGGUGAAAAUGCGGACAGAUAUCUGAACCAGGAUCCAGAGUUCAGCAAACGCUCUUCUAUCAAGCAAGUGGCGAGCGGUCGCUUUGGCGUGACGGCCAGCUACCUGGCGAACGCAGACGACCUGCAGAUCAAGAUGGCACAAGGCGCAAAGCCGGGCGAGGGCGGCGAACUACCCGGCUAUAAGGUUACAGCGGAGAUCGCCGCGACCAGACACUCCGUAGCAGGAGUCGGCCUGAUCUCGCCACCACCGCACCACGACAUCUACUCCAUCGAGGAUCUGGCCGAGCUAAUCUACGAUCUGAAGUGCGCCAAUCCGAAUGCCCGCAUCUCCGUCAAGCUAGUGUCCGAGGUAGGAGUGGGCGUAGUAGCCGCUGGCGUCGCCAAAGGCAAGGCCGAGCACGUGGUGAUAUCCGGCCACGACGGCGGCACCGGCGCCAGCAGCUGGACCGGCAUCAAGUCCGCCGGGCUGCCGUGGGAGCUGGGCGUCGCCGAAACGCACCAGGUACUGACUCUGAACAACCUGAGGUCACGCAUGAUCGUCCAAGCAGACGGCCAGAUGCGCACGGGCUUCGACAUCGUGGUGGCGGCUUUGCUCGGUGCGGACGAGUUCGGUUUCAGCACCGCGCCGUUGAUCGCCAUGGGCUGCACGAUGAUGAGAAAAUGUCAUCUGAACACUUGCCCGGUGGGCAUCGCCACGCAGGAUCCGAUACUGAGGAAGAAAUUUGAGGGAAAACCGGAGCACGUGGUGAACUUCUUCUUUGCGCUGGCUGAAGAGGUACGUUCGCACAUGGCUAGCCUGGGGAUUCGGAAAUUCCAGGACCUGAUCGGACGCACCGAUCUCCUCAAGGUGCGCGACGACAUCAGCAUCGAGAAAGCCAGGACUCUAAACCUCAGCAAUAUCCUGCGAUGCGCGCUAGACUUGAGACCCGGCGUGAAUAUCAAGGGUGGCACCAUGAAGCAAGACUUCCAGCUGGAGAACAGGCUCGAUAAUAAGCUGAUUCUACUGGCCGAUCCUGUUUUGAGGGGAGAUCACUCGACAUCGUGUCGACAUCGUGUCGACAUCGCAAUGAACAUCAACAACGAAUGCAGAGCGUUUGGAACAACUCUGAGUUACCAUGUAGCCAAGCGAUUUGGGGAGGAUGGAUUACCCGAGCAUAGUAUCAAUAUCAAAAUAAAAGGCUCAGCGGGUCAGAGUUUUUGCGCUUUCUUGACGAAAGGUAUCCACGUCACCCUCGAAGGCGAUGCCAAUGAUUACGUCGGCAAGGGACUCUGCGGAGGUGAAAUCGUCAUAUAUCCUCCGAAGGACUCCGACUUUAACUCAGACCUGAACGUGAUCGUCGGAAACGUCUGCCUCUACGGUGCGACCUCCGGCAAAGCUUAUUUCCGUGGUAUCGCUGCCGAGAGGUUCAGCGUGCGCAACAGUGGCGCAGUGGUCGUGGUCGAAGGCGUAGGUGACCACGGCUGCGAGUACAUGACCGGGGGUUGCGCCUUGAUUUUGGGUUUGACUGGCAGGAACUUCGCGGCCGGCAUGUCCGGCGGAAUCGCGUAUGUUUUGGAUGUGGACGGUUCUUUCAAGAGCAAGUGCAACCCCGAGAUGGUGGAGCUACUGCCACUGAACAAACCCGAAGACAUCGCCUACGUGAAACAGCUGCUGGAGGAGUUCAUCGAAAAGACCGGCUCCUUGAUCGCGCAAAGCUUGCACGCCAUGUGGCCGGAACCGACCACGAGAUUCGUCAAAGUGUUCCCCUACGAAUAUCAGCGUGCCUUGAAACAGCUGGAAGAGGCGAAGACGGUCACCACCACCGUGGUCAACGGCGACUCGAAAGUGGCGGAUGAGAAAACGAAAGAUAUAGAGGACACGAUCGAGGACUCGGAAAUGGCGCAGCGCAAGUUAGACAAGAUUAGAGGCUUCAUGAAGUACUCGCGCCAGAAAGGCAUGUACAGAUCGAUUGAAAAACGUAUGGAAGAUUGGGACGAGAUAUAUAAUUUCCAGGGUGUCAGAAAGACCCUGAAAGUGCAAGCAGCGAGGUGCAUGGAGUGUGGUGUUCCUUUCUGUCAGAGUAGCCACGGCUGUCCGUUGGGCAACAUCAUCCCGAAAUGGAACGACCUCGUGUUUCACUCAAACUGGAAGGAGGCUCUGAAUCAAUUGUUGCAAACUAAUAAUUUCCCCGAGUUCACCGGAAGAGUCUGCCCCGCACCUUGCGAGGGUGCGUGCGUAUUGGGAAUCUCAGAGCCGCCGGUGACGAUCAAGAACAUCGAAUGCGCGAUAAUCGAUCAUGCGUUCGAGCAAGGCUGGAUCGUCGCUCAUCCGCCGACCAGAAGGACCGGUAAGAAGGUCGCUGUGGUGGGAUCUGGCCCGGCUGGAUUAGCUGCUGCUCAUCAGCUGAACAAAGCAGGCCACAUGGUGACCGUGUACGAGAGAAACGACAGGGUCGGUGGGUUGCUACAAUACGGAAUACCGACCAUGAAGUUGUCGAAACAAGUCGUACAGAGACGGGUUUCCCUGCUCGCUGCGGAGGGAAUUAUCUUCAGGACAGGCGUCGACGUCGGCAAGGACAUUACGACGCAGGAACUUCGGGAACAAUACGACGCGGUAUUGUUAACUACCGGCGCGACAUGGCCGCGAGAUCUGCCUAUUCCCGGCCGGAGCCUGGAAGGCAUCCACUUUGCCGUCAGCUUUUUGGAGCACUGGCAGAAGAAACAAAUGGGAAACGCCGCGCCCCUCGACAUGCGACUGCUGGCCAAGGACAAGGACGUGAUCAUCAUAGGAGGCGGCGAUACCGGAUGCGACUGCAUCGCUACCUCGUUGCGCCAAGGCGCGAAGACGAUCACGAGCUUUGAGAUCCUGCCUACACCGCCGGAGCAACGUGGAAAGGACAAUCCAUGGCCUCAAUUCCCGCGGGUGUUCAAAGUGGACUACGGCCAUGAGGAAGUGUCCCUGAAAUGGGGCCGAGACCCGCGUAGGUACAGCACGCUGAGCAAGGAAUUCUUGGACGACGGACAGGGCCACGUGAGCGGCAUCAGAACAGUGUCCGUGGAAUGGACGAAGGACGAGAACGGCCGAUGGAAGAUGAACGAGGUGCCGAACUCGGAGAAGAUAUACAAAUGCAACCUGGUACUACUCGCCAUGGGUUUCCUCGGACCCGAAAAGUACAUUGCCACGGAACUGAACACUGAGCUCGACGAGAGAGGGAACUACAAAACUCCAGCUGGGAAAUAUCACACCAGCUUACCCGACGUAUACGCGGCAGGCGAUUGCAGACGUGGACAGUCUCUCGUAGUGUGGGCGAUCUCGGAGGGUCGAUUGGCUGCGAAGGAGAUCGACCUGGCCUUGAUGGGGGAAACCGGCCUUCCCGGAAGCGGUGGUAUCAUUACCGGCGUUACCGCUUAAGGAUCUUCGCGAUGGAUGUUGGUCUUCCAGUUAGAAUACGAAAAGACCUACCGCGUACGCGUUCCGCCAGGAACGAGUCAUAUCGACUGUUAGGAGGUGAGAAGAGAGUCCUCGAAGAUUCAAAGAUGCAGAAUGCGGGAUCUGAGGAUUCAACAAUUCCGAAAAUCCCGGAAGGAACGAGCCUAGAAUUGUAGAGUGUCUAUGACUCAGGAAUCUUCGAAGAAUGUAAACAUUCGGGAAUCCGAGGAUUUGAGCUAUCGACAGUUCGAGGAAUUGAAUUUUGGCAAUUCGAGGAUCUGUAGUUCCUCGGAUAUGGUGAUGCAAAGAGAAAUAGUAGACGGGAUAAUUAAAAAAAAAUUUUUUGAAGAUUUUGAUGGUACAAUAAUCUUAAAUCUGAUGACGAGGAAACUCGAUUGCAACUUCUAGGAAUCCGAGGAACUAUACAUCUUGGGGUUGAAGGAUUCAAACAUUUAAGAAUCUAAUGACGAGAAAAUUAAGAACGUAUGUAUGUUACUGAUUCCUAAAGGAAAUAAUUUAAAAAUUCAAGGAUCCAAAAGUUGAAAAUCUUAAGAGUAAAAUAAUCUAAAAGUCUUAGCAUUUAAAAAUUCGAAAACCAGAAAUCUGAGUAUUUGAAGAUCUCGGUCUCGGUCCAAAAAAAAGAUUUAAUAUUGAACAUGCGAAAAAUAAAAAAAAAUUAUAUGAUAUAAGGAAAAGGAUCCAUGAUAUUUGAUGACGACAAACUGCAAAUCCAUGGAGCUAAUGGAUUUGAAAUGAGGAGAUUCUCAGAUCACGAGCUGAGAAUGUGAUAAUCAAGUGAGAAACGAGAAACGAAGUAAGAUAAUUUCGUUGCGCGAAUCUCUCCGUGUCAAUAACGGAAAUAUUAAGUAAACGUAAUUCCGUAACGUAACGUAGUAAAGUCGUCUAACACAAGCGUUUUGUUCGUCCAAAUAGAAUUAAUUACGCGCGUGAAUUAGAGCUUCGGGUAUGAGGAGAGACCGAGGCGAACUGUAGCAGGACAUUACGUUGUACAUUAUACGCGGCUCACUCCGCUAAGCGAACCAUUUUAACAUACAACCGCGAAUUUGUUCAUUUGAAAUACAAAAUUCGGAUGUUCCACUGAAGCGCUAUUUAUCGAGUACAUCUGUAUACGAGAUUGUUUCGCGUUUCCAAUUACACGCAGCGAAUAUCAAGAGGUUGAUAAUAUUCUCAGUCAGUCUCUUAUGCGUAUAUUUUAGAUUUUUUAAACACAAUUAUAGAACUAUUCCUUAUAGAAUCGUAAUCAUUAAGGAAAUAUAUUAUACACAAGUACAAGAAGAGUAUUCGUGCAUCUAAAAAAAACAAUGCAACACGCAUCUGUGACGUUUAUUAUGUUGCAACGUGGAGCAAAUAUUGUCGCUUUUAAAACAAUGUAUCUUAGAUUAUUGUAUAUUUUAUCAUAUCAUUUUAUUAUACUAUCAGAUAUCAGUGAUUUUUCUUCACAAAAUUCCCAAUAUCGAAUUGUUUGUUUUAACAUGUAGUCUCAUUCUAGAAAAUUGCAAGUUACUAUUUAAAAAUUGAAGACACAAACAUAGAGAGAGAGAGAGAGAGAGAGAGGGGAAGGAGAGAAAGGGAUCAACGAAAAUACGAAGAUAUACGAAUACUUUUGUUGUACGACAUUUAUUUUUUGUUCAUCAUCAAUAUAUGAUGUGUAUUAGCAUUUUUGACGUUCGACUUCGAUUCUAGGCGAUCGCCUAGAUUGCCUAUCAUAUCAUUACGAAUCUGCUUGUAUUAUCGGCAAGAUGAAUUACACAAGUUACCGAAAGAUCAUAGAAUAGCAUAAACAAUAAGAGGACAAUGUAGCACUUGUACUAUAUAAUAUCGUCCGCUGUAAUUCCAUUGAUAAUUCCGUCAGUUAAUUCAACGUCGUGUUUCUUCAAGCCGAUUAGGAGCGAUUUGUCGACCUUUUAACCGCGAUUUUAAUCGUCAAUUAAGCACGAUGAUUGUAUUGUCUCCUGACUCUUUCAAGAAAAGGAGCAACAUUAUUCAAGGAUGUCAGUGAUCGUAAAUGCUGGAUAAAAAAAGACAAGGGCGGUGAAUGCAAAGGAAAAAGAUAACGUAAAGGUAAAGGCCUUGGUCCAGAUGCUUUGUGUAACGAAAUUGUAAGAAUUGGAUACGAUUGAAACGGAACAUUAACAAAGAUUGUGCGUGAAUGCGACAUGCAGCUAUGUAACAAAAGAUCGAAACUCCCCCUCAAUUGAAUAUUGCAUCGGGUGUAGUUAACCGAAGUACCUAUCUUCCCAAUCUUACGAUUAUACACGAUAGGAAAAGCGGAGAAACCUCAACUUUGAAAUUCGAUCGUAGAUUAAGAAUAAUAAAACGACGAUGACUUGCGUUUAAAACUGAAAGCAGUGCGAGAUAAAUCGGCAGUAUCGGUUAAGGGAUUAAUGUAUACAUAUAUUUACUGAAGGUAUAACGCGCAAUGAAACUUUCGCGAGCUGAAGAUAAUGCCGUUGAAAAUUGCGUUCACAUAAACUACAGUUGCACUCUUAGGCGCAUUAGGGAGAAGGAAAUUAGCGUUUUUGAUCGCGUCACUUUUCGCAAGGUCCAUUACGGAGAAGAAAAACCAGUUCCAGGCCCUAAGUUGAAAAAUUUUCCACCGGGAGCUGAUCUAUUAUCAACGACAGAGAAGGAGUGAACGUCUCGUAUUUGGACGCGGUUUCUUUGUAACGCGAUUUGCCUUUUAUUUAUACCAUUGUAAAUUUCAAUACACACAAUAUCUUGAGACAAUAAAUAUAUAUUGAAUGUUACGAGCAA